UAUGAAACGUCAACAUGAUCGUGAUGGAAUUUGUUAAUCAAAUUGAAAUAUUCCACUAAAUUGUGUAUUUUAAAUGCUAAUAAGUGUUUGUUUGAUCAAAAAUUACACAAGUGAGUUGUAUCAGUACAAGGAGUGCAGUGCAAAUAUGUAGCUAAGCUAGCGAUCGCGCGCAGCAACGUAGUUUUUCUAAGUGUUGAUAGUUCUCAGCUGUACUUGAAGUAAGAGGCAGAAUGUCGCUCCCUGGAAAUGGAAUCUUCGUGGUGCAGGGGGAGAUGGCGAUGCUGGUCACGGCGAUGCGGCGGAGCACUCGCUGGGGCUCGCAUUCCUUCCCUAAUGAGGAGUACGACGUCCUUAUGCGUACCUUUCAAGAUCUCAAAACUAUACUGAACCAAGUGGACGAUCUGAGAUUGCUGGACCCUCCGACGUAUCUAGGUCCGUUUCUGGAAGUAAUCAGAAGCAAGGAGACAACGGGACCUGUGACUAGCCUUGCACUGUCUGCUAUAAACAAGUUUUUAUCAUAUGGACUGAUUGAUCCAACACAUCCUAGUGUGCCAGCCACAGUGGAGGAUAUCGCAGAUGCGGUUACGCACGCACGUUUCGUCGGCACCGACCAUUCGUCGGACGGCGUCGUGCUUAUGAAAAUUUUACAGGUUCUGCGCACACUAAUGCUAAGUCCAGAAGGCGCUAUGUUGACAGACGACAGUGUAUGCGAGAUCAUGCUGAGCUGUUUCCGCAUAUGCUUUGAAACUAGACUUACAGAGCUCCUCCGCCGCAACGCCGAGCAAUGUCUCCGCGACAUGACGCAGCUGAUCUUCAUGCGUCUGCCGCAGUUCCCCGCCGAGGACAACGCCGCUUUUGCAGCCGCCGCUCUCUCGCUCAAUAAGAGAGAGAAGCCUAAGAAGAAGAUUACUUCCGCUAAUAGCACCAACUCUCUGGAAAGAAAAUCAUCAAUGACAGAACCUGUCAGCCCGACUGUUGAACCAGAAUCAGACACAGAAGCAGCUAAAAAAGACAAUCUUCGAAAUAGCCAAGACAAGAACCUAAUAAACGAAGCGGAAAUCACCAUAGAGCCAGUAGAGUCAAUCAAGAGCCCUAAGAAACAUACACGUCACUCGUCUAUGGAUCUCGCGACCACAGACAACUCGUCCAUAGCGCAACUAGUCGAAAAAUGCGUCAGCGCCGAUGAGACGGAGAGUGAGACACCCGAGGAACCUGCUGAAGUUCUACCUCCAGAAUCAGACCCAGACGGCACAACUCAGAGCAAACCAGCUGAUGAGUCAGAAAAGCUGGAAGAAUACGUGAACCACCGCGGCAUACGGUUCACUCAGCAAGAAGACGCUCAGGAUUUACAGCCGUAUGGACUAGCGUGCGUUCGAGAAGUUUUUAGGUUCAUAAUAUCGCUAUGCAACCCCCUAGAUACCCAAAAUACUUCCGGAAUGGUACACCUAGGGCUCUGCUUAGCUGGUACCGCGUUAGAAGUGGGCGCCGAUCAGUUGGCACGGUACCCUUCUCUGCUGUAUCUAGUGAAGGACCCGCUGUGCAGAAAUCUGCUUAGUUUGCUAAGCACAGAGCGUAUAUCAAUCUUCGCCCUGGACCUGCAAAUAACGUUCCUCCUGUUCGAAGCCCUCCGCUUCCACCUUAAGUUCCAGGUGGAAGCGUUCUUCAAGAAGGUCAUAGAAAUCGUCUCCAUGGACGUCUCUAAAGCGAACUACGAGCUCAAGGAAAUACAACAUCUGACGCUGGAGAGCUUGGCGCAGAUAUUCAGAAUACCAGGUAUAUGCAACGAGUUAUACCUAAACUACGACUGCGAUAUAUACUGCAUGAACGUCUUCGAAGAGAUGACCAAGUUGUUGUCAAAGAACGUGGUCUCAGCGACUGCGUAUAAUAUACACACCUUGUCGCUAGAGGCGCUCAUGACGAUAAUAGAAGCUAUUGAGAUGAGCAACCCUAAGGAGAGCGAGACGGAAGUCGUGGUUGAGGAGGAGGAUAAGGAAAGGUAUAGUUUUUGGGUGACGCAAGGCACGGAACUCUUCAACCAGAAACCGGAGCGAGGGAUUGAGUACUUACAAGAGCACGGAGUCCUAAAAACGCCAUUGGAUCCCGAAGAAGUUGCGCUUUUCCUACGAGAAAACCCAGAUUUGGACAAAAAAAUGAUUGGUAAGCAAGAAAAACUUUGGCAACAUACAACAAACGGCGAACCUUUCGCCAACACCGACGCUGCCUUCCGUCUCGCUUACGCCGUGAUCAUGCUCAACAUGGACCAGCACAACCACAACGCCAAGAAACUCAACGUCCCCAUGAAUGUUGAGGAUUUCGUCAAGAACCUGAGAGGGUGUAAUGGCACUGGAGAUUUUGAUCAAGCCAUGCUUGAAGCUAUCUUCCAUUCUAUCAAGAACGAAGAGAUGGUGAUGCCAGCGGAGCGCGUAGGCCCCGUGCGGGACGCGUACCUGUGGCGCGUGUUGCAGCGGCGCGGCAACACGGCCGCCGGCCGCUACCGCGCCGGACACACUGCCAGGCUGCUGCCCGUCGCCGCUCCGCCACAACGGCGCGGCAACACGGCCGCCGGCCGCUACCGCGCCGGACACACUGCCAGGCUGCUGCCCGUCGCCGCUCCGCCACAACGGCGCGGCAACACGGCCGCCGGCCGCUACCGCGCCGGACACACUGCCAGGCUGCUGCCCGUCGCCGCUCCGCCACAACGGCGCGGCAACACGGCCGCCGGCCGCUACCGCGCCGGACACACUGCCAGGCUGCUGCCCGUCGCCGCUCCGCCACAACGGCGCGGCAACACGGCCGCCGGCCGCUACCGCGCCGGACACACUGCCAGGCUGCUGCCCGUCGCCGCUCCGCCACAACGGCGCGGCAACACGGCCGCCGGCCGCUACCGCGCCGGACACACUGCCAGGCUGCUGCCCGUCGCCGCUCCGCCACAACGGCGCGGCAACACGGCCGCCGGCCGCUACCGCGCCGGACACACUGCCAGGCUGCUGCCCGUCGCCGCUCCGCCACAACGGCGCGGCAACACGGCCGCCGGCCGCUACCGCGCCGGACACACUGCCAGGCUGCUGCCCGUCGCCGCUCCGCCACAACGGCGCGGCAACACGGCCGCCGGCCGCUACCGCGCCGGACACACCGCCAGGCUGCUGCCCGUCGCCGCUCCGCCACAACGGCGCGGCAACACGGCCGCCGGCCGCUACCGCGCCGGACACACUGCCAGGCUGCUGCCCGUCGCCGCUCCGCCACAACGGCGCGGCAACACGGCCGCCGGCCGCUACCGCGCCGGACACACUGCCAGGCUGCUGCCCGUCGCCGCUCCGCCACAACGGCGCGGCAACACGGCCGCCGGCCGCUACCGCGCCGGACACACUGCCAGGCUGCUGCCCGUCGCCGCUCCGCCACAACGGCGCGGCAACACGGCCGCCGGCCGCUACCGCGCCGGACACACUGCCAGGCUGCUGCCCGUCGCCGCUCCGCCACAACGGCGCGGCAACACGGCCGCCGGCCGCUACCGCGCCGGACACACUGCCAGGCUGCUGCCCGUCGCCGCUCCGCCACAACGGCGCGGCAACACGGCCGCCGGCCGCUACCGCGCCGGACACACUGCCAGGCUGCUGCCCGUCGCCGCUCCGCCACAACGGCGCGGCAACACGGCCGCCGGCCGCUACCGCGCCGGACACACUGCCAGGCUGCUGCCCGUCGCCGCUCCGCCACAACGGCGCGGCAACACGGCCGCCGGCCGCUACCGCGCCGGACACACUGCCAGGCUGCUGCCCGUCGCCGCUCCGCCACAACGGCGCGGCAACACGGCCGCCGGCCGCUACCGCGCCGGACACACUGCCAGGCUGCUGCCCGUCGCCGCUCCGCCACAACGGCGCGGCAACACGGCCGCCGGCCGCUACCGCGCCGGACACACUGCCAGGCUGCUGCCCGUCGCCGCUCCGCCACAACGGCGCGGCAACACGGCCGCCGGCCGCUACCGCGCCGGACACACUGCCAGGCUGCUGCCCGUCGCCGCUCCGCCACAAUAUACCAGGAGUGAGAUGGUGACGCCAGCGGACGUAGGCCCCGUGCGGGACGCGUACCUGUGGCGCGUGUUGCAGCGGCGCGGCAACACGGCCGCCGGCCGCUACCGCGCCGGACACACUGCCAGGCUGCUGCCCGUCGCCGCUCCGCCACAAAUAACCGCCCUCUCAGCAGCCUUCGAGCGCUCCUCCCCGCCAUCUACCGACGACAUCCUAACCAACAACCUACAGAACGCCGCCAUUUUAGCGCUUUGCGGCAUCGAACGCUGCGCGGCGCUACUGUCGCGCUUACCACCGGUCCCGCCCACGUUAACUGUGGACACUUUGUUGCUGACGCUGUGUAAAUUCACGGCUUUGCUGCCGCCACAGCCGCACAUGCAUCAUCAAGCUAUAGGAGUAACACUAGGGCAGUCAACCAAAGCGCAACUAGCACUGCGUCGCGCAUGCUCCGUGGCCGCGCGACACGCCGACUGCGUCCGCGACGCGUGGCGCCAUCUGUUGGAGAUCGUGCACACUUUAUACCUAGGCAGACUGCUGCCUAAGAGCUUAGUAGAAGCGGAGGAUUACCUGUCAUCCACUGGGACUGUGUCUUUAAUACGUGACGUUAAUAGAGGAUCAGAAGCAGGCCUGCUCUCUAGUCUAUACUCCUACAUAGCGUUGGGAGAAACAGGUAUGCGGACUCCCACGCCACACGAGAAGGCGCUAAUCGACACAGCCACGGAGUGCGUGGAGAAAUGCAACCUUCCCGGCCUGCUCAUCAUGGAGACCAAGUUCCUGCAGCUAGAGAGUUUGCAGGAACUGAUCCGCGCCAUGGUGACAGUGGGCGCCCCGCCGGACGCUGAAGCGUUGCAAGCGAACCCGCAGGCGGAAGAUGUCGCUGUAUUCUUCCUGGAGUUGUUAGGGCACACCCUUAUACAGAACAGCUCUGAGACUUGGGAAAGAGAUCGUGCCUUAGAAGUGUGGCCCGAAGCUUCAUCCCACUUCACUCGCGUCCUCCUCUGGGCCAUGAGUCGCCCCGCCCCCACGCCAACAAGAGUCCUGACCACAUUACUGCGCACUUGUGCCCGCCUCAUGCGCUCUGAAGUGUGCUGCGCGCGAGCCCUCGCACAUCUACACACGCUGUUCCAACUGCCGCAUACUGUCUUCACGAGACACGCCGUCGUGAUAUCCUGCGGCCUGUACGAGCUAGUAAAGACCUCUGCACAAAACGUUCACACUGCCGAGGAGUGGCAGGUGGUGUUCUCCCUGCUCUGCGCCGCCGGCGCCGGCGCCUGGCCCGCGCACAUAGCGCCCUCUGCCAACAACACUGCUUCCAGUCGGUCCGAAGGUUCGGAGGAGGAGGGAGAGAGACGGCCUACAUCAGCCUCGUCUGACAGCGAACUGUCUCAAUCGCCACGCGCUCAUGGGUGGAUAUUGGUCAAAAAUGAGGCCACAACUCCCGACUCAGACUUCGACACGGACCAGCUAACGUUCCUCCCGUACAAACGAGCAGCGUUAUCGCGCUGUUGCGAGGCUCUAGCACUAGUGGUGCGCGACGUCGCGCACGUGACGCCGCACAACUGCCGCGCCGCCGUCAGAGCCGUCAGGAUAUUCGCGCACGCCACUCUCACUAGAGCUAAACAGAAGAGUAAGACGGAGAGGAGAAAGCGGCCGGGCUCCGCGCGCCGAGGCAGUUACGAAGAUAGCAGCGAAGAGGAGGACGACACUCAGGACCAAUACCACAUGGUCAGUUUGCAGCUCCUAGACCUUAUGCACACGCUACACAGCCGGACAGCGCAAAUAUUCAAGUGGUGGCGAGACGAAGCUGACCAGGAACAAGGUGCUGAGGAAUACGACUUAUGGGAAGUGGCAUGGAAGCCGUUGUUGCAGGGUAUCGCCGAAUUUUGUACAGACAGAAGGAAACAAGUGGCGAACAGUGCCAUAGCAUACCUCCAACGUGCGCUCUUAGCGCCCGGCCUCCACGCCCUAGGAGGCGCCCGGUGGGAAGCUUGCUUCGCCAAGGUGUUGUUCCCUCUGCUCGACUCAGUGGCCCCCGCGCACGCUAGCCGCGCUAAUACUAUACUGUGCAAGGUGUUCCUUCACCAUCUCUCCGCUUUAUCACCUCGACCAACGUUCGGCGCGCUCUGGCUUCGCAUAGUGUCAGUGCAGCGGGCCCUCCUCUCGACACCCCUGGACCCACUCACCGAAGCGGCCCUGGAGUCGCUCAAGAACAUGAUAUUGGUCAUGCACUCAGUGCGGAUAUUCACAACUGCGGACGGCUACAAUGACCUCUGGUACAUCACGUGGGAGAAGAUCGGAGAGUUCCUGCCUAAUCUGAAAGACGAGCUUUUCCCUGAAGCAAAAACCACCAAACCCACACAACCUCCUUCUGCCCCUGCGCCCCCCACCAUCCCACAGCCGCCACAGAUCUCCCCCACACACUCACCAACUCUCCAACCUUCGCCCCCCACCCUACAGCCUGCACUGAAUGGCACCCCACAGCUGGUAGCGCCGGUGCCAGUCAUGCCAGUCAGUGGCAUGGUGCCUAUAAGGAACCCACUAUACGAUCAGACUGGACUGAGUGCUUCAGUGUUGCUACAACCUUUAAAUGAGAUGGUCUCCACACCAAUAGGAAUAUCCCUUCAGUCACAAAUACCAACACUCUACCGCGCCCCCGAGCAGAUACCUCAACCACAACCGGUACCACAACAGGUACCAGCCCCACAAGUACCACAACAGGUACCAGUCCCACAAAUACUACAACAGGUACCAGUUCAAGUACCACAGGUACCAGUUCAACAAGUACCGCAGGCUCCACUUCAGCAAGUACCCCACGUGGUACCACUAACACAAGUCUUAUCACACCCAAUACCACCAGUACCUCUCCCUCAACCUUCACAAGUAUCGGUACCUCAACCGACCAAUCCCGUACCUCAAGUACCGACCAAUCCGGUACCUCAAGAACCACCAAUUCCUCCAAAUGACCCAAAGCCAUCCAUAGUAGAUUUAAACUACGACAUAAUCGAAGUAACUAAAUUAAAACAGAGCGAACUCUUCGCCGAAUAUAUGACGAACCCGUACAAUGACACCACAAUAUCUCCCAAAGAGGCAACUCUAUACGAUCCUGAGGACCCUAAACCCCUCUUAGACAAGAAAUCCCUGAGCGCAAACGCGACACCUAUGCAUAUAAAGAAGACACAGUUCGGUUCCACAGACAAUGUGACACAGAGCUUUAACUUCACUAGCUACUUCGGUUCGGUCAAUGAGUUAGUCACAGGGUCGGACGUAUUCGACAGUUUGACCGGCGAAGGAUAGCUUGAGUGUGAUUUUGGGACUUGGUUGUAAAUAGUUACCUAGCCAACGUCACAGUCGAUUACGCUUCGUAAACUCUCGCUAUGGCUCUUCUGUAGUGGUGGGUAUAGGGUUGCAAAUAGAAAAAAAAACA